AUGGACACCGACCUUCCAGCCCCCCUGUCUCGGGCCUUUCUCAAAGUAACUAGGGUACAUGCUCAAGUGUGCCCCAGGGUGAGCGCCCCCAACUUGCCCCACAGCGUGACCCCCAGACCCUCGGGGCGCUGGGCCACCCGCACCGCCAGCCCUGCCCUCCGCGUAGUUCCAGCAGCCUCCCACGCCCACGCCCCGGGCCCGCCGCGCACCCUGCGUCCCGCCCGGGGCCCGCCGCGCUCCGCCCCGCUCGCCCCGCCGCUGCGCGCGGCCUCCCCGUCGCUGCGCACCGCCUCCCCGUCGCUGCGCGCGGCGUCCUCGGCGGUGCGGGUGGCGUCCCCGUUGCUAGGUGGCUCCCGCGGCUCCCGGGGCUCCGGCAGCAGCCCCUCCUGUCACCAUGGCGACGCUGCGUCCCAGGCUCGCGGCUCGGAACCCAACGCAGGUGGCGAGCGGGCCUGGCUCCCCUGGUCUUCCCUUCGCGGGAUCUCCUUCGCAGGGCCGCCAGCGGGUUGGGGCUGUGGAGUCCCACGGCUGCCGAGGCACUGCCCGAAAAGUCUUGGUCCUGAGUUUUGUAUUCCCGAAAUUCCCAGAAACUACCUAGAUAAGAAAGAUGUUGCAAAGGUACCAAAAAGCAGACAGAAUGGAAGAUUGCUAGUGUAUGAUUCAAAAGAAAAAGUGAUGAUUGACACAAAUAAAGAAGUGUCACGCAAAUGCUGCUUUGGACUCAGACCAAGACUGGCAAGCAAGCUUUGUGCACAGAUCUCUCCGGGUGCAGCUAAUACAUUCUCAGCAAAAAAAGAAGCCUCUUCAAAGAAGAAUGAAAAUAAAGUCUCUUUUAAAAAUAGCAAAACCAGACCAUCUUCCAGGAGUAUUGAAAGUAAAGAUCACUUCAAUCAGCACCUUGACCUGUGGUCAUCUUCCUUCCUGAAAGAAAGUACAGGUGAAGCAGGCAAGGAUUUGGUCCUUGUAAAGCAGCAGAAAAAUAGUGAGUAUUGCCUUGAGGACCUCGAGAAGCUGUCAGAGUCGACAGAUGGUGAUGGAGAGGAUGAUUCCAAUGAUGACGAUGAUGGGGCCCCUGUUAGAAAGGAGACUCGUGCCCCAUUGGAGUUAAUGGCUGAAUUCCUGAGAGCAGAAAUGGGCCGAGACUACCAGCUAGCACAAAAAUUAUGUCAAAUGAUCCUUAUCUAUGAACCAGAAAAUCCCGUGGCCAAGGAAUUUUUCUCACUUAUUGAAGAAAUAUUGCUGAAGGAGAAAGCUCAGAAGAGCGAGGACGAUGAAGAGGACAGUGAGGAGGACACGAGCAGCGAGAGCGAGGCAGAGAGCAGUGAGGAUGCGAGUGACGACAGCUCCGACGAGUGUGAAGAUGGGUCCUAACGGCCGCCGCUGUGGAGAAUUAUUUUCAAGAGUGUAUGCCAUGCAAAUGCAAAUAUAAAGAAGAGAGA